AGAACCGAGACGUAGCAUAUCGAGUGGCAUUAGGACGCCGAAGUUCACCGCGUUCCGCGACGGCGGAUCAUCGUCGGCGAGGCGAGGCGAAGCGGAUAUCAAGAUGCCGUCGGAUAUUCGGCGUCAAUACGCAGUGUCGAUGCCGCGAUUUGGACGCGAGGCCUGAAAAAAGCGUGCGACGCGAUGCGAUACGUUUACAAGUUGUUCCUGCUGUGCCUUAUCCUGGCGGCGCUCAUCAUACUGCUCAAUGUGACCACAAAUUUCUCCAAUAAGCUGUACGACCAGCAGGCAGCCAGUAAGGAACGGGUGGUGCUGCUCCAUAGGAAGACCCCGGUGACAGCGGCAGCGAGCGAGGUGACGAUAUGCGUGGUGGUAUGUGGCGACAGAUUGCACGAGGCCCUGACGAUGCUCAAGUCGGCGUUGGUCUUCGCCAACAGACCGCUGCAGCUCGUGAUAUUGGCAGAAGACAACUUGAUACCAGCCUUCAGCGAGAAGCUAUCAGAAUGGAAACUAAUAUCCAAUAAGACCUUCGACUUUGUAGUGAGACCUAUCACUUUCCCUGAAGGCAGCGAUGUGGCUAUGUGGAAGAAGCUGUUCAAACCUUGUGCAGCUCAACGACUGUUUCUGCCAACUGUAUUAAAUGACACGGAUGCGGUGCUUUAUGUGGACACAGACACUCUGUUUUUGGCACCACCAGAAAAGAUUUGGGAUGAGUUCAAGAAGAUGAAUUCUAGCCAGUUGGCGGCUCUUAGUCCUGAGCACGAGGACCCCAACACUGGCUGGUACAACAGAUUCGCCAAACAUCCGUAUUACGGCAAGCUGGGCGUGAAUUCCGGCGUGAUGUUGAUGAACCUAACGAGAAUGAGGGAAUUCCGGUGGACGGACUAUGUGAUUCCCAUUCACAAAGAGUACCGGCUCAAGAUUACCUGGGGCGAUCAAGAUAUAAUCAAUAUAAUAUUCCAUUACCACCCGGAAAAGCUAUACGUGUACUCGUGCCGGUACAAUUAUAGGCCGGACCACUGCAUGUACAUGUCGGUGUGCAACGAAGCGGAAAGAGACGGCGCUCUGGUGCUACACGGCUCGCGGGGCACGUUUCACUCGCAGAAGCAGCCGCCGUUCAAGGCCGUGUACAGAGCUAUGCAGGAAUAUCAGCUUAAUACCGAUCCAUACGACGAGCUACUCGUGCCGAUGAGGAAUUACCUCAUGAUGGAAGACAAGUCCAACUGCGGCCGAGUCUGGAAGGUGUUCAUCAUUCAGCCGGAGUUGCAUUUGGGUCAUAACUUUUAAAAUUGCAAUUUCGAUCAUUUAUCGAGAUUUACCUUGAGUGUGACCAUUUCCCUACGCGUUUGUAAACUUUCUUACUUCCGUUUUGAUAAUAUCUUUGUCGGUUUAUAUAUAUAUAUAUAUAUAGAUGUUGUAUACAGAUAUCGAAGCAAUAACGAAUAGGAUAUAUUUGUAUGUAAUCAUUUUUAGUCGUGACGUUAUCAACAUUUCCUCUCUGUCUCUGGGAAUUUUCACAAUAGAGUUGCUAGAGAGAGAAUUUAAAAUACUUAACUACAUAAAUACAUAUAUACAUACAUACAUAUAUAUACACACACACACACAUAUAUAUAUAUACACAUACGUACAUACAUACAUACAUACUUAUAUAUGUAUUUUAAGUCGAAGUGUGAUAUACACACACACACACAU